CAACAUGGGUCAAGAACAAUCAAAAUUAUUCAAAUGUCAACCUUGUACCUUAAAUUACAAAUAUGAUGAUCAUGUAAAUUACCAUACUUAUCUUUAGGAUAUUCAAUUGAAGUUUGAUCCUAAAUAAAAGGUUGGCUAUACAAAACCUUUACGUUUUCAAGAAAUCACACAAAUAAAUCCAGCAUUACGUGAUUUGGAUUAAAGUAAAAUUUAGAAAAUCUAUUUUAGAUCUCUUAAUAUAACUGUAGUUUUUACAUGAAUAAGCACUUAGAUCAAAAAUUUUCGAUUCAUUAAAGAAAUGUGACGAUAUUAUUUUAUUGUACUAAGCGACAAAAUUUGUUAUUAAUUGCACUCCUAAUGAAUGUUAAUAACUCAUUAACACUUAUAACAUAAUUACCAAAAUAACAUAAGAAUAACAAAAAGACUUAGAUAAAUAAAUAUUAAUAAUCAUUAUCAUUCAUAAUAUUGUUGGUAAACUACCCUCAAUAACAUUGGAACAAUCACACAUAUCUUGGUUAUUUAGACAUAUGAAUCCUUAUAAUGCUUUCAAUGUCUCCUUAAUUUUAUAGAUAUUAGCAGAUAUAUGCGUUAAUUAAGAUAAAUGUAUUGAAAAUAUAAUUGAAAUUCUCUAAGUACUCAAAGAUGAAGCAAAAUGGAGAUUUGUCACUGAACCCAUAUUUAAAAUAAUGGAAGUUUAAUAAAAUGUAUAUCUUGUACGAGAUGCUUGUACAUUUAUAAAUGCUUUAGCAGAGACUCAUUCAGAUGAUGAAAUAUGUGAAUUAAUUAAAUAAUCAAUAUAACAAUAUGGUUUAACAGUCUUAUAUGAUGAUAUAAAAUAGAAAUUGAAAAAUCAAGAAUAUUAGAUCGCUAAUUGUUCAUAUGAGUUCGCAAUACAAUUUUUGUAUGAUUCAAAGGGCAAUACACAUCAUAGUCAAGUAGAUAAAUAUUACUUUAAUAAUUUAUGUGAUUUUGAUCCAAAAAAGCCGUUGAUAUUCAAAUAUGGAGAUUUUGAUGAUAUUUUUAAUAUGGAUCCUGAGUAUUUUGAGGUUCAAAAGAAUUAACUUUAAGUUUAAUUAGAUGUUUAUGAUUAAUUGAUAAAACCAGUUCUCAUUCCAAAAUAAACAAUUCUAGAAAGAUAGAAUCAAUUGUUCCCAUCUUCUAUCACUAAAAAACCCAGUGAAGAAGGAUUAGUUGGGGCUUUAAAAGAAUUUUGGUAGACUAAAGGAAAUGAGUAAACAAAUUAAUAAAUUAUAUUGAAUGCCAUGAAAAAAGCAAAUUCUUUAUCUGAAUUAUAGGAGUUAUUAAUUAAAUUGAAUGAUGAAUAAUCUGGAGUUUCUUUUUUGUCUAGAUUAAUUGAAAUACUAGCAAAGAAGUUGGAUCAAAUAAUGGCAGAUUAAAAGAAAAGAGAUUAAAUGCUUAAAGAUAGGUUAGAAGGAUACAAAUAAUAAAUUGUAAAAUAAAUUUAUAUUAUAGACUUAUUUAUAAUUAGAAAUAAAGUAGAGAGGUUCAUAAGAAAGUCAAAGAGAUAUUAAAAAUUAAAAUGAGAAAUUAAAUAUUUUAAUAGAAGAAAACAAAAAAUUAUAAGAAUAAAGUUAGUAGUACUCAUAACUUAAAAACAAAUUUGAAGAUGUGAAUAAUUAAUUGUUAGAAGCUUAGAAAGUGAUGGCAAAAUCAUAAUAAGUAACUGAAUUAGAAGCAAAAUUAGAAGAAUAUACUAAUGAAAUAAAUAGAUUAAAAACAACACAUGGUCAACCCUUAUUAUGUAAAAUUUAACCUCUAGAUGGAGGUUCAGAACCUCCACCAAAUCCUUCUGAAAAUAUCGCGAUAGUUUAAUCUAUUCCUUAAUAAAAUGCUCCACCUCCACCACCUCCUCCUCCUUCAGGUGGUAAGAUUGCAGCUCCACCUCCACCACCUCCACCACCUCCUGGAGCUAAAGCUGGUGGUCCUCCUCCUCCACCUCCUCCUCCUGGUGGUAAAGCUCCACCUUUACCAAAUGCUAAACCUAUAGUUCCUACAAAACCUAAAUGUUAACCCUCUGUUCCAUUAAAAGGAUUAAGUUGGAAUAUUUUAAAACCAGAUUAAAUUGGAAAUUCUGUUUUUUAAGGAAUGAAUGAAACUGAAAUCAAAUUUGAUGUUAAAUCUUUAGAAGAAAAAUUUGCAUCAAAACCAGCCAAACAAAUUUAAUAAAGUAUUGGAUAAAGUAUUGGAUAAAGUGAUAAAAAAAAGGAAGUUUUAAAAAUAACUUUACUAAGUGCAGAAAGAACAAAAAAUAUAGAAUUAAUUUUAGGUAAAUUAAGAAUGAGUAAUGAGAAAAUUAAGAAUGCUUUGUUAGAAUGUGAUAAAUCAAUUUUAAAUCUUAAUGUUAUAGAGUCUCUAAUAAAUGUUGUGCCAACAGAUUAAGAAAGAUCUUUAUAUGCUAAUCCAGAAGAAUUAGACAAAGAGACCUUAUAAAUAGCGGAUUUAUUUUAUUUAGAGUUAUGCUAAGUUCCAGGAUGUGGUGAUAGAAUGUAGGCUAUUAAAGCUGAGUUUGUUGGAAUAGAUAUGUAUAAGGAAUGUAAAGAGAAAUUGAAUUAAUUAAAAAAAGGAUUUGAAUUCUAGAAAAAUGAUGAAGCUUUUAAAUUGUUAAUUAAGUGCACUUUAGCUAUAGGUAAUUAUGUAAAUGGAGAUUCUGCAAGAGGAGGGGCUUUUGGAUUCAAAAUAGAUGCAAUAACAAAAGCUGCAGAUAUAAAGAGUAUAGAUGGAAAAGAAACAUUAUUAAUGAUUAUAGUUUAAGAGUGUGAAUAAAUAUAUGAAAAAGAGGGAAAGGGUUCAUUUUUUUCAAAUGAUCGUAUGGAUCUUCUUGAUUUUAUGUGUAAAUUACCAGUUUCUUAGAUUAACAUAGAUAUAAAUGAAAUUAAGAAAAUUUAAAAGUUUGUCUAGAAUGCUAUAAAGAGUUAAUCCAAUCUUCCAAACGAUAAGGUAAGUAGAUUUGAAGAGUUUUCAUAAUAAUUAUUAUUAUAAAUCACAGAGUUAUCCUAAUAAUUGGCUUUAUGUGAAUAAUUAUACAGUGGUCUUUGCCUUUUUUACUGUGAGAAUCCAAAAAUUUUAUAAAGUGAUGUAUUUUUCUAAUCAAUUUAAUAAGUUUGGAAUAAUUGUAUAAAAGUAUAUUAAUUUAAUUAUAAUAGUCUAAACAACAAAUAGAAAAGAUAUAAUAGAUGAAAAUUAAAGAAGAAUAACGAAAUAAAUUAGAUUAACAAAAGAAACAGUAAUAGUUAAAUAAUAAUGCAUAAAAUAUGUAUGAGUCAUUACCUAGAAGAAUUGGAGCAUUACAAUAGCUAUAAUAGUCUUUGCCAAUUGAUGCAGUUAAUUAAUUAAGAAUGAUGAAAUAAAAUAAGAAUGAAAAUAGCUGA